GUGGUUUUCACAUAGUCAGAUUAGUAUAAGUAGCGCGUGGGUAGCGCGUGGAGGUUAUGCGGUAACGCUUCCCGAACCUGACGUUUCCUUUAUUAUAUUUAUAAUCAUUUACUGUUCAAUUUGCAAUAACGAUCUUUGGUUUAUUUCUGCAUAUGUGUAUUUAACAAAAAUUUUUCUUCUACGCAACGUCCAUACUUGAUGUACAGGACGAAAUAAACAAAUAGUUCGUUGUACUCCAACGAGGAGGGCUUAAGAUCGUGUCAUUGUCCGGUACUUUAUAUACGCAGAUAUGUCUUCUACUUUACAAAAACGUGUCCUGUCAUUAUUUAAACAAGAUUUUCCGCGGAAAAUUGUUAAUUCUUGGCGUAUUAGAGACAACUCUUCGCGUCAAUUUCAUCAGGCGUCCAAGACACAUCUUUUGCGUUGCAAGACAGAUAGUCUACUCUCGGAAUGUUUGAGAUCAGCAACCGCCAACGUGCAAACGUCCCAUUUCGCUUCUCAGUCUACGGUCGUAACGAGUAAAGAUGAAACACGUGAACUGAUGGCCCUUUGGCCCGAUAUCGUGCGCGAUCUCACGGAUGCCGGUCGCCAUCUUGACAUGUCGGAUGCCACCAAGUGGUUGGCGAAGGUGUUACAAUAUAAUGUUCCCACAGGAAAGAAAAUCAGGGCAUUAAUGGUUGUACGAGCAUACAAAUCAUUAGUACCCGAGGAUCAAUUAACAGAAGAAAAUUUACGUUUGGUACGAAUUCUAGGUUGGUGUACAGAGCUGUUGCAAUCAUUUUUCUUAGUGAUGGAUGAUGUAGAAGAUCAAUCAAAAGAUCGACGUGGUCAGCCAUGCUGGCACGCAUGCGAUGGUGUUGGAUUAACAGCUAUUAAUGAUAGUGUACUGUUACAAAUGUCUCUGUUUCAACUUUUAAAAAAACAUUUUAAAUCGAAAGAUUGUUAUGGAAAUCUCCAGGAGUUCUUUUUGGAUACUAUAUUUAAAACAUCAAUUGGUCAAUGUUUGGACAUGCUAGGAAUGAAUUUGGGAAAGAAACCUAAUUUAGAUGUUUUUACAAUGGAUCGAUAUAAUGCUAUUGUAAAAUACAAAACAGCUUACUAUUCGUUUGUACUGCCAGUUACAGCUGCUAUGUAUUUUGCUGGUAUAAAAGAUCCCGAAAUGUAUAGACAGGCAAAAACUAUUUUGUUAGAAAUGGGUCAUUACUAUCAAGUACAAGAUGAUUAUUUAGACUGUUAUGGCAAUUCAAAAGUUACCGGGAAAACUACUAAAUUAGAUAUAGUAGACGGAAAAUGUUCGUGGCUCGUUGUUGUGGCAUUACAACGUGUUACAGACAAACAGAGGAAGAUUUUAGACGAAUGUUAUGGAGUAGACGAUGAAGAGAAAGUGAAUCGUGUUGUAGAACUUUACAAUGAACUGGGCUUACCGAACACCUAUUCCAUUUACGAGGACGAAACAUACAACUUAUUACACACGCACAUACAACAGAUAUCGCGUGGACUUCCGCACGAGAUAUUCUUAAAGAUACUUGAAUUGUAUUACCGUAGGGUUACAUAAAAGCACUAUUCACUUAAG